UCGUGCAGCCAUCUGUCUGCCAUUAACGUUUUUUCCGGUCGCUGGAAUAUUGAGAAUAGCAUUUAAAAAAACGGUGAGAUUAAAGGAGAACUCGUUUUUAGAGAAGAGAGCAGAAUUAUAUUUAUUACAAAGUUAAAGUAAUUAUCGUGAAAAUGGAGUUUACAAUACCAGUAAAUGAUAUUCUAACUGAAAAAAUUACUAAGAUUAAUUAUACUUUAAUUCCGCCUGGAUUUCAUGGGGACGUGAGAAGUGUACGGAUCGUGCAGGAACAGCUCACAAAGAUGAUUGAUUGUCUGGGCGAACAGUCAGCACUAUCCCAGGGCUUAAACAGAGUUAUCACCACAGCAGAGAGACUACGAAAUUCACAAGACCAUCUCUUGUACCUGUUAAAAGAUGGCAAUGCUAAAGGGGGUAAAGGCGAAUUGAUUGGUUUGCUGAAAGUAGGCUGGAAACAUCUCUUUCUAUUUGACGAGAAGGCCAAAGUGCGUGAAGUAGAACCGCUCUGCAUCCUCGACUUCUUUGUGCUGCCGGAUCGACAGAGACACGGCUACGGAAGGAUUCUGUUCGACCAUAUGUUGAACGACCAGCAGGUGACGCCUGACUCACUUGCAAUUGAUGGUCCCUCGCCGAAGAUGGAACACUUUCUCCGCAAGACGUAUGGCGUAGAGCAUUUAAUACGCCAAAGUAAUAAUUUCGCCAUUUCGGAUAAAUUCUUCGAUACAACAGUUGACAAUAAGUCGGGGCGUAGCACUCCAGUGGUGGCACAACCAGUUGGCCGCUUUGCCGCCCGCCAUCCUCAGUCUUCGAUUAGCAGUGUAAUUCACGGCAAUCCAGAGAAUGGCUAUGGACCAGGUAAUUGGACAUAUCCAGAGGAACGCCGUGAGCUGAAAUAAGUGCGAACUGGAUUCCUAGCCAACAGACUGAGCCAGACCCAGAUCGGUUAAGAACAUGCAGUCAUAUUCAUAUAAUAAGAACGACUACCUUCUUCACGACAAUGUAGAAAACAACUUGUUAUUACUUUGUUAUCUAAAAUCACUAAUAUGUAACUAAGCAAAACAAACAAUCCAAAAAUCUAAACCUUUUCUGGUAUUUUACUCGAAAUCCAAAAUAGAACACAUUUUAUUCAGAUAAAAGUUAACCCUUGACUGCAAUCUCCCCUGGUGGUAAGUGAUGAUGCAGUUCAAGAUGGAAGCGAGCUAACCUGGAAUGGGUAUGUCUAGAAGUUUUUUUAACUUUGAAUCAAUCAAUUUUUAAAUUUGAAUGAGAAUCAAUUUAUUUGUUCUUAAUGACGUCUUAUAAGCGAAAGUAGAAAAUAUUUUAACUUUUUUCCAGACAAAUAGUUUAGAAAAAACGAAAAUGCGUUCUUAAUUACAGCACCAGCAUGUUCCAUAGAAGAGCAUGUUUCGAACUUCGAGUAAAAUAUCCAUAAAAGGUUUAGAUUUUUGAUAGUUUCGCUUAAUUAUCCAGCUAUAAUUAAUCUUACUUACAUAGCUAUAUUUAUGAAUGGUCAAAAGUUAGGUAUGAUUUUAUAUAAAAAGGCUAUAACAAGUUGCUUUCCACAUUUUCCAUGAAGUAGGUGGUCGUUCUUAAUUAUAUGCACACGACUGAUAUAAAAAAGUUAAUAAGUAAUCGGGAGUGUGAAUUGAUGUUUUGAACGUACGUUGAAGUGUGUGAACUGCAACAAUUCAGUGCUGAACUCACAUUAAUUCGACAAUUAUUAUAUCUAAAGCCUACGUCCACUAGGUCGCUGAAUCGAAUCUCGUGCCAUUAGCAAAGAAAAGCCAGUGCGUAGCCGCCGCGUCUGUUUGCUGGCGCGAAGUAGGCGUGGUAGAUGCUUUUGACGAUUCAAACGUACUUGUUAAAGUCUUAUUGAAUAAAAAUAUUUGAUUCAUUGAUCUAGUGGACGACGUACCUUAUACCUUUUAUACAAUAUUGUAUAUUAAAAUUUAUCGCAUGCCUUGCAGCACGCACUGUGCUAUUUCAAUUUUUUUAGAAAAGCACUUAAUGGAAGUAAUUGUCACACAAUACAGCUAAUUCUGUUGUACACAAUCUCAUAACUUGAAGUUUUCAGUUAUUAUUAUUUAUUAAUGUAUUUUAUUGACAUCAACAUAAGAGU